UUCGCUAAUUCUCGAAUUUAUUCGUGUCCAGUCCUUUGGCGGCGCGGGUGGUGAUUUCAGAAAAUCAAAAAAUGAAGUCCUUAGCAUUAGCUUUUGUCAGUUUACUGGCAGUUUAUUCAAUAAAUUGUGAAGUGUACUUUGAGGAAAAGUUCCCCGAUGAUUCGUGGGAAUCCGAAUGGGUAUACAGCGAGCACCCUGGCAAGGAGUUCGGCAAGUUCAAGCUGACUGCUGGAAAGUUCUACCAUGACACGGAAGAAGAUAAAGGUCUGCAGACUUCUGAGGACGCACGGUUCUAUGCUUUGUCCAAGAAGUUCAAGCCUUUCAGCAACGAAGGCAAGAACAUGGUGGUGCAAUUCUCGGUCAAGCACGAGCAGGAUAUUGACUGUGGAGGCGGCUACUUGAAGGUGUUCAACUGCAAACUGGACCAGAAGGACAUGCACGGAGAGUCUCCCUACGAAAUCAUGUUUGGCCCUGACAUCUGCGGUCCUGGUACCAAGAAGGUACAUGUCAUCUUCAGCUACAAGGGCAAGAACCACCUGAUCAAGAAGGACAUCCGCUGCAAGGACGACGUGUACACCCACGUCUACACGCUCAUCGUGAAGCCAGACAACACGUACGAAGUGCUCAUCGACAAUGAGCAGAUCGAGACUGGUGGCCUUGAAGACGACUGGGACUUCCUGCCGCCUAAGAAGAUCAAGGACCCUGAAGCCAAGAAGCCUGAGGACUGGGACGACCGCCCCACCAUUCCGGACCCCAACGACUCCAAGCCCGAGGACUGGGACAAACCAGAGCACAUCCCCGACCCGGACGCCACCAAGCCUGAGGACUGGGAUGAUGAGAUGGACGGCGAGUGGGAACCACCCAUGAUCGACAACCCUGAGUACAAGGGCGUCUGGGCGCCUAAACAGAUCGACAACCCUGCGUACAAGGGCCAGUGGGUGCACCCUGAGAUCGACAACCCUGAGUACACCGCCGACGCCAACCUAUACAAGCGUGAUGAGAUCUGCGCCGUUGGCCUGGACUUGUGGCAGGUGAAAUCGGGCACGAUCUUCGACAACGUCCUCUUCACCGACGACGUGGAAUUAGCCAAGGAACGCGCUGAGGCCAUCAAGAAGCGUCUAGAGGGAGAGAAGAAGAUGAAGCACGAUCAGGACGAGUUGGAGCGGGAGAAGGACAAGGAGAAGGCUGACGAUGAGGAGGAUGAUGAAGAUCUGGAUGACGAGGCGGGAGACCUGCCGCCACCGGAGGAUCACGACGAGUUGUAAAGUGUUGUGUGAAGUGUGUGGACAAUGUGUACCGCCGGGUACAGUGAGUGAGCGGGGUCUUAUUUAUGCAGCACUGUGUGGUCACCCGUAUUAUCUGCGGCGUCUGGGGGCGUGGGCGGUGACGUCACAGCGUGUUAACAUGCGUGUUCUCCAACUAUCAUUGACACUCCAAGUCGGCUGUGCCUAGUUACUUGUAACGGAGACUGUCAAAGUUUAUAAUUGUAUCUCAAGAACACGUCGAGAGCCAAUUUAAUCAAUGCACGCAAUAACGUCACCGCGAACACGAAAUAUUUACGUCUGAUUUUAGUAUGUACAUAAAGUCAAGUUCCAUGAGUGAUGUAUGUAUGUAUUGUAUCUGUUAAAUUAAUAUAUUAGGCGGCACCGUGUGUCGCGGACUUUAUUGUACAUUAUCGGCCGGUGUAGUCUAGCCUAAAUUUUUGUAAGGACCGCCGGUACUGUACAAUGAAUGUGGAGCGAUUUAUUUCCCAUUUAUGUUGUGAAAUGAGUCUGAUUAAAAUGAUUAUAAAUUGA